UCAACCAGAGCCCGCCCCGCCGCGGAGCGUCACGGAACCUGCUUGAAAUGCAGCGGAGGAGCCGCGGCGGGCGGCAGCGGCGGCGACGACAGCGGCGGCGGCAGCGGCAGCCCCCGCGCCGCGACAAGGACUCGGCAAAGGCGGACUGAGGCGCAGGGGGCGGCGGCUACAAGGGGUGCGCGGGACGCGGCGGCCGGAGCCCGGGGCCCGCCAUGGGCCGCCCCGAGCGGGGCGCGCUCCGGCCGCUGGCGCUGCUGCUGCUGCUGCUGCUGCUGCUGCGCAUCCAGCAUCUCGCGGCGGCGGAUCCACCGCACGGUGGCCAAGGGCCAGUUCAGGAGUGCGAGAAGGACCAGUUCCGGUGCCAUAAUGAGCGUUGCAUCCCCUCUGUGUGGAGAUGCGACGAAGACGACGACUGCACCGACAACAGCGACGAGGACGACUGCCCCAAGAAAACCUGCACAGACAGCGACUUCACCUGCGACAAUGGACACUGCAUCCCGGAGCGGUGGAAGUGUGACGGCGAGGAGGAGUGUCCAGACGGCUCAGAUGAAUCCGAGGCAACUUGCACCAAGCAGGUGUGUCCUGCGGAGAAGCUGAGCUGCGGUCCCACCAACAAGUGUGUUCCCGCCUCGUGGCGCUGUGAUGGGGAGAAGGACUGCGAGAGUGGAGCGGACGAGGCCGGCUGUGCCACCUUGUGCGCCCCGCACGAGUUCCAGUGCAGCAACCGCUCGUGCCUGGCCGCCGUGUUCGUGUGCGACGGCGACGACGACUGCGGGGACGGCAGCGACGAGCGCGGCUGCAGCGACCCGGCCUGCGCGCCCGGCGAGUUCCGCUGCGGCGGCGGCGGCUGCGUCCCCGAGCGCUGGGUCUGCGACCGCCAGUUCGACUGCGAGGACCGGUCGGACGAGGCGGCCGAGCUGUGCGGCCCGCGGGGCCCAGGGUCCACCGCCGGGCCCGCCGGCUCCGCCUGCGCCGCCGCCCAGUUCGCCUGCCGCAGCGGCGAGUGCGUGCACCUGAGCUGGCGCUGCGAUGGCGACCGCGACUGCAAGGACAAGUCGGACGAGGCCGGCUGCCCCAUGGGGACAUGCCGGGUAGACGAGUUCCAGUGUGGGGAUGGGGCCUGCGUCCCUGCCAUCAAGCGCUGCAACCUGGAGAAGGACUGUCCAGACGGGAGUGAUGAAGUUGGCUGCCUGCAGGAAUCAACAUGUGAGGGUCCCCGCAGAUUUCAGUGUAAGAGUGGCGAGUGCGUGGACAGCGGGAAAGUGUGUGAUGCUCAGAGGGACUGCCGGGACUGGUCAGAUGAGCCUCUGAAAGAGUGUGUUCCGUCUCCAACCCGGGGAAGGAGGAGGAGGCCCAGGGGGCUGAACGAGUGUCUGCACAACAAUGGUGGCUGCUCCCAUAUCUGCACCGACCUCAGGAUAGGCUUUGAGUGCACCUGCCCGACGGGCUAUCGCCUCCUGGACCAGAAGACUUGUGGCGACAUUGACGAGUGUCAGGACCCGGAUGCCUGCAGCCAGAUCUGUGUCAACUAUAAAGGCUACUUUAAGUGCGAGUGCCACCCUGGCUAUGAGAUGGACACGCUGACCAAGAACUGCAAGGCUGUUGCUGGCAAGAGCCCAUCCCUGAUCUUCACCAACCGGCAUGAAGUGAGGAGGAUAGACCUGGUGAAGCGGGACUACUCGCUCCUCAUCCCCAUGCUCAAGAACGUUGUGGCACUGGACGUCGAAGUUGCCACCAACCGCAUCUACUGGUGUGACCUCUCCUACCGCAAAAUCUACAGCACCUACAUGGACAAGGCCAGUGAUCCAGUGGAGCAGGAAGUCCUCAUUGACGAGCAGCUGCAUUCUCCGGAGGGCCUGGCUGUGGACUGGGUCCACAAGCACAUCUACUGGACCGACUCAGGCAACAAGACCAUCUCAGUAGCCAGGGUCGAUGGCAGCCGCCGAUGCACUCUCUUCAGCCGUGACCUCAGCGAACCUCGGGCCAUUGCUGUUGACCCCCUUCGAGGGUUCAUGUAUUGGUCUGACUGGGGGUACCAGGCCAAGAUUGAGAAGUCUGGGCUCAACGGUGUGAACCGGCAGACACUGGUUUCAGACAAUAUCGAAUGGCCAAAUGGAAUCACCCUGGACUUGCUGAACCAGCGUUUGUACUGGGUGGACUCCAAGCUGCACCAGCUGUCCAGCAUCGACUUCAGCGGUGGCACCAGGAAGAUGUUGAUCUCCUCCCCUGACUUCCUGAGCCACCCUUUUGGGAUAGCGGUGUUUGAGGACAAGGUAUUCUGGACAGACCUUGAAAAUGAGGCAAUUUUCAGUGCAAAUCGGCUCAAUGGCCUGGAAAUCUCCGUUCUAGCUGAGAACCUCAACAAUCCACAUGAUAUUGUCAUCUUCCACGAGCUAAAACAGCCCAGAGCUGCAGAUGCCUGCGAGCUGAGUGCCCAGCCCAGUGGAGGCUGUGAGUACUUGUGCCUUCCUGCCCCCCAGAUCUCCAGCCACUCUCCCAAGUAUACAUGUGCCUGUCCUGACACAAUGUGGCUGGGCCCAGACAUGAAGAGAUGCUACCGAGCGCCUCAGUCUACCUCAACUACAACCUUAAUUGCUCCCACGAGGACAGUAGCUGACACCACAAGGGCACCAGGGACCACCGUCCACAGCCCCACCUACCAGAAUCACAGCACAGAGACACCGAACCAGGCAGCUGCCGUCUCAAGUUCUGCCAGUAUCCCCAGGGCUCCCAGCAUCAGGCCGUCUACCCCAAGCCCUGCAACCAGCAACCACUCCCAGCACUAUGGAAAUGAAGGUGGCAAGAUGGGUUCAACAGUCACUGCUGCUGUCAUUGGGAUCAUUGUACCCAUCGCUGUAAUAGCCCUGUUGUGUAUGAGUGGCUACCUGAUCUGGAGAAACUGGAAGCGGAAGAACACAAAAAGUAUGAAUUUUGACAACCCAGUGUACAGGAAAACAACAGAAGAAGAGGAUGAAGAUGAGCUUCACAUAGGGAGGACUGCCCAGAUUGGCCAUGUGUAUCCUGCAGCAAUCAGCAGCUUUGAUCGCCCAGUGUGGGCAGAGCCCUGUCUUGGGGAGACCAGAGAACUGGAAGACCCAGCCCCUGCCCUCAAGGAGCUUUUUGUCUUGCCGGGAGAACCAAGGUCACAGCUGCACCAACUCCCGAAGAACUCUCUUUCCGAGCUGCCUGUCGUCAAGUGCAAGCGAGUGGCAUUAAGCAUUGAAGAUGAUGGAUUGCCCUGAGGAUGGGACCACUCCACUCCCUUCGUGCCUCAAGGAAUUCAGUCCCAUGCAAUGCACCCUCUGGAUGGUGUAUGCCUGGAUGGAAGGGUUUCUGAGAGAGAGAGAGUGAGAGAGAGAGAGUGAAUGAGUGAGUGCAUGUAUGACUUUUUUAAUUUAUGUUGCGGAAAGGUAACCACAAAGUUAUGAUGAACUGCAAACAUCCAAAGGAUGUGAAAGUUUUUAUAUGUAUAAUGUUUUAUACACUUUUUAACUGGUUGCACUACCCAUGAGGAAUUCAUGGACUAGCUACUGCUGAGUGACUAACAUAAUGUACAUAACCAAAUGAGGCCGAUGGUACAGUAGCUUACUUACCAUUUUAAAUCUAUAUUUACAGAGGGUAUUUGGUUUGGGGUGGUACUUUUUUAGGUUUUGGAGUUUGGGGUUUUUAUGUAAAUAAAAUAAUUAUGCUUUGUGGCUAUCCAUCAACAUAAGUAAAAAAAAAAAAAAAAGGAAAAGAAAAAAACACUCCCAACUCCCUUCCCCAUUUAGAUUAUUUAUUAACAUAUUUCAAAAAUAAGACUAGUUCAAUAAAUAAUUUAGAGACAUGAGAGUAUUUAUUUUUGGUAUGAUUGGCCUACCAUGCAGACUUUAUGUGUGUUUAUGUUUGUGUGUGAAAGAGAGGGAAGGAAAAAUCUAGAAAAAGAGGCACACCUGUGGCUAUUGUUCAGAUACAUAGAGAAAAUUGUUCUUAAAAAUGUGCCACAAGAGGUCUAUCUGUAAUUUUCAGAGAUGCCUUUGGAAACUCGACUCCCAGAAGCAGAGAGCAUUGACUGUGCAAGCAUGUAGAGAAAGAGGCAGAUCUUUUCUACCUCUGGCUAUCCCUGGAACCCCAGUCAGCUGUAGCCACUUUGACUCCCAUCUCAGCUUUCUCUUUUGUAACUUAAGACCAGUGCACAGACUUUGCAUAGUGUCAGAAAUUCUCCUCAGUUUAAAUGAGAGCAUUCCAGAACCAUAGCUACUCCUCGUUUUUUAAGUUCAGCUUACUAAAAGUAGCUUUUUCAGUUUCCUUCAGAACACUUUGGGCUAAAUUAAAUAAGUUUCUCCUGAGGUACCAGGAGGGAUGCCAUCUUAAUGAGAGUUAAGUGGAGAUACUUCUACAAGAGCCCAAGUUUAUGGUAGGUACUGGCUGAGGCAUUAAACAUUUGAGAUAUGCUAUGGCUGGGGCAAGGGAUGGUAGAAUGAGUUUUGUCAUAUAUGUUUCCCAUUUCUCUUACUCUUUGCCAUUUCCUUUAGGUGGAGAAAGCAUAUCAAAAUAAUACAUAGGUUUUUACCAUCAUAUGUUCAUACAGAUGCGACUAAAAGUCAGAAAAGCUGGCCAAACCUGAAGUUGUAUUUAAUGGGGGAAAUGACAUACAAAUAUUACAGUAUGUUGAAUAUAUAUGCUCGCCUAGGGAUUUGGUUUACUGCUUUGUAAAUAAAAAAAACUCUGGGUAUAUGUAAAGGUUUUUUUGUUUUGUUUUGUUUUUUAUUGUGGAUGUUGUCUUUGUUUUACCUGGGCCUUGGGGAGCAGGAGGCAGGGAAAACAACCUCUUUCCUUUUGUGGGAUCUGCCAAUGGGAACCAUUGUAAACGUAUAGUUCCAGAAGGUAUUCCCACUGGCUCUCUCAUCCAAGGUACAGUCUUUUCUUCAUUCUGCUAUUCUGACACUUUACUCCCAGUGGACAACCAUGGACAAGGUGUGUGACAUAGAAGUGUUUGGCUUAAGUAGGAGCAGAAGAUAUGUAUCUAACCUUAAUAUAUCUGAGAUUUGACAUACUUAAGCAAAAUGCUUCCUUCACUCUCCCACUUCCCAGCUGUCCUUUCCAUGAAGCUUCACUGUCUUACCAGCUUGAUACCAUUUGCAUUUCCAGGCAGACAUUCUGGAGUUACUAGAACCUUCCUCCGUGUCACUCAUGGUCUCCUGACAUCUGAGAAAACAAUUUUGUUCUAUAGCCUAGUUACCAGGCUUUGUGCAGCAAACAGUGUCCUUAUAACGUGUGUUGAGAGUCCUGAAGCUUUCAUCAGAGGGUAAAUACGACUGACCUAGAACAACCAACACCAAACAAAGUUUUAAGAGCAGGUUCUGACUCCUGUGAAGCUUAGUCACUUACUGUUCUUUCAAGAGUGGAAAUUAAAUUAUUUUAUUGGCUGAAGAACAAAAAUGAAAGUGGAAAAAAAAAAAAAAAAAAGCACUGACAUUUACACAAAACAAGCAACAUUUUCUGUAACUUGCCUCCAAAGAAAUGGAAUUUCCUGGGGGAAAUGAUAAUAGCAAUACAUAGUUCCUAAACUUCCACUUAGAUCUUGGCUGGCAACAACAACAAAGAAAUGAACAAGGUUAGCGUGAUUCAGCCUGAAUUCUCGAAAUGAUAAUGAAAUACAACUUUCUCAGAGACAUUCAUGUUUCCUGAAUAUGCUGCAACUGCUGUUUGAAAUCAGCAGCUAUGGGGACAACUAUAAAAAUACAGAAUGUAGAAUAAUGCUCACGUUGGAUGGCAACAAAGUGAAAUCCAAGGGCCCAGGCCCAUUCUUUUGUUAGUUAUAGAGGCUUUGUUGAGCCUUACUUUACACUUCUACUGCCUUUUACCCGUGUCACCAGAUAUCUAUUAGAAUCAGUAGUGGAUUACACAUUUGCUAAAUGACAGAGAUGGAAGGAAGCUUAGAAAUAAUGUCAUGAGGGAAGAGAGGAAGAAAGGAAAUUUUUUUUUUCCUCUUCUGUAUUUAAAAGAAAUCAGGCCUUUACCAGGCCUUUACCUCCCUUUCCUUUUUCAGGAAACUAUUUUGAACUUCCUGAACACAGCUAACCCUGCUACUUAUGGCCUACUCUUCUGGUAGAAUUAUGAAGGCACUGGCAGAAAUGAUCUUCCAGAAACAGGGAAAACUUAAAUUGUAUUUAUGUGCUCUUGACAGUAUGGUUACUUAUAAAACAGACUGAGGUUAACAGAUAACCUCAGAAUGAGAUCAGAUUUGAAUCUACAGCAAUAAAUCAAUCCCUCCAGUUCUUUCUUUAUGACUGCAAUACAUUAACUCACCGACACCAUUCUCUAGGUGCCACCUAAGUGCCAAGCUGCAGAUGUUCAGGUCAAUCUAGUGUUUUUUAUCCUUAUGGGGCUAGCAGUAACAGUAGAAAAAGACACAAGUGCAUACAAAGAAAAAAAAAGAAAAAGAAAAAGGAAUAGAUUCUUCUCAGAGUACCAUUAUGGCACAAAAGACAGAGGAAAAGUCAUUUAUCGUCAAGGAAACGAGAGUGGUAUCAAAAACAAAACAAACAAAAACAUAAACAGCAAUAUAGAAGUGACCUUAAGUCAAGUUUUAAAAACUAAGUAAAUAUAUCUAGUUUUCUUCAGGCUAAGGAGACAUUGGAAGCCACAAGAGCAUGAAACAGCAUGAGGACUUCAAAUGAACUGCAUGUAAUUCACUACACUGAGCAAAUAACUCAAGGAGGAUUUAGUCGGAAGUGACGCUGAAUAGGAAAAAACAGCUCGAUAUAAGCACUUUAUAGAAUACUCCAAUGCAAUUUCCAAGUCAAUUAAAUACUUCUUGAUCAUUUGUUAUCUACUAGGCACUAAAUACAUGAUGAAAAAUGCAUCAGGAUACAUUGCCAGGACUUUGCAGACAUGCAAUACUUCAGCUUCAAGUUUUCCAGUGGCCAAAGGGAAAUGGUGACUAUUCAUGUUUGAAUUGCAGUGUUUUCACACAGGCAGUGAUGUUGUCAAGAGCCUCAGAUUUUUCUCAACAGGGAGAAAGAGAACUGGAAACUUUGAAGACUGGAGAGAGGACCCCAAGCACUGUCUAAUUAGAUGCUGGUUGGAAUGGGGAGAAAACAUGGAGAUGUGACCCUCCUCUCACUUCUCCCUAACUCCAGUCCAUACACUCAUCAUCUCACAGACUAGAAGUUUCAGAGUAAAUAAUUUCCAUUCCCAUCAAUGCAUGAAGUCUUCUCACACUGUAUUUUUAGGAUCUGAGGGAUUUGGGAAGACAUGGAGAAUUCAGGAGGCAGAGAAAUUACAACUUCAAAUUUUCAGUUAUUGUAAAAAAGAUUGUGAAGCUCUGUUCUUUGAAGCUAUGCACCAUGUGCAUAGUCAACACUCAGCAGAAGCCCCCUGAUUUUGCAAACACUUUGUGCUAUAAAAGGAAUUUUUUAAAAGUCACCUGUGUAUAUAUAUAUAUAUAUAUAUAUAUAUAUAUAUAUAUUUAAAGACAUGAAGGUUUUGAUAUUUUUUUU